AAUAUCAAUGUUUUAAAACAAUAACAUCGUGAAAAAAACUGAUAGUAAAAACAGAUAUAUUUAAGCUUGUAACAUUAGGUAUAUCAUUAAGUGUGCAUUCAUAUAUGUAGAAAUAAUAUUGUAAAGCAUAAAACCUGAUGAAAUUGGACAGUGUUUGGAUAUAUUCAAUUACGUAAACAAUCGUUGCUAAGUCCUGAUAACUGAUAACAGUGCCAUAUCGAAUUCUGAAUUAUUAUUAUAAGAAUUCGUCUGAUAAGAAAAAAAUUAAAUUAAUCAAGUAAUGGUCUUGUAAAUAAUUCGACAUAAGAAUAAGAAACAAGUUUUUAAGAUACCACACAAGAUAUAAUUCAGUAUGUUGAAGGUUGUGGCGACUUCUGACAUCGGUAGGAGGUGCUUGUCCACUGGGAUGAAGAGCUCGGGACUAUUUUUUAGACAGCUGUUCGACACAGCGAGCAGCACGUAUACCUACCUCCUGGGUGACACCAGCACCGGCGAGGCUGUCCUCAUAGACCCGGUGUUGGAACACGCUGAACGAGACGCUGGUCUGAUCAAAGAGCUCGGUUUCAAGCUGUUGUAUGCGAUGAACACACACAUGCACGCGGACCACGUGACUGGCACGGGAAGACUAAAAACCUUGAUACCCGGCUCGAAGAGCGUUAUAGGGAAGGCGUCUGGUGCCCAGGCUGAUAUACACCUGGAUGACCAUCAGUUGGUCCAGUUCGGAGGUCAAGAAUUACUGGCCGUGUCCACUCCGGGACACACCAAUGGAUGUAUAACGUAUAUAUGCCAUCAGCAGGGCAUAGCGUUCACGGGCGACACCCUGCUCAUCAGAGGCUGCGGCAGAACGGAUUUCCAGGAAGGUUCCCCAGAAACCUUGUAUAGAUCCGUCCACGAGAAGAUAUUCACAUUGCCCGGACAUUACACGCUCUACCCGGCGCACGACUAUAAAGGACAAACAGCGACAUCUGUUGACGAGGAAAAGAAACAUAACCCGAGAUUGACGAAAACGCUGCCGGAGUUCAUUGACAUCAUGAAUAAUUUGAAUCUACCCUACCCUAAGAUGAUUGAUAAAGCAGUUCCUGCGAACAGAGUGUGCGGUUUGUAUUAAAUAAAAUAAUAUAUUUUUAUCAAAGCACUUACUUUGUUAGCUGCUAAGUUCCACUCUACCUGUUAUAAGCUAACAUUGUAUGUAUGUAAAAUUUUCCUGUAAAGCGAUACGUAAUAUCUAAAUAAUAUUAAAAUAUAAUGAGGUCAUAUAGUAUUUAUAUUCAGUUGAACAAUACUUUUUUUUUGUACUUAGAUUCUAUUUGUUACAAGUUUUUGUAUGAUAAAUAAGUAUUUUUAAUAAUAGAGUAUAUAAGUUAAAUGAAUUGUUAAUAAAUUUAUAGAUAUUUAAAAUAUGUGUAAUUUAUAUAUUUUUAUAACGAAUUAUGUGAUGAAUGCCAUUUGUUUUAAUAAAUAUUUAUUUUUAAAA